AAGAUGCGUGUGUCCGUGCUGGCAAGCCUGGUGCUGGUGGUGUCCCUGGUGGCACUCUUCGCCCCACAGUGCCAGGCUCAAGGGUGGGAGGCUGUGGCAGCGGCCGUCGCCAGCAAGAUCGUGGGGUGUGGCACUUACUCCAUUCCUUUUCUUAAAUUAUGACUCUUUAUCUUUGAUCAUGAUCAUAUUUGUUCUCUUUUUAACUUAUCUAUUCUGAUAUUUUGACAUGCUUUAGUCUUUUCUUCUUGUCAUUAUUGUGAUUUGACCUCACGACUGUUAUUACCUUCCAUAUCUUCUUUAUCUAUUAUAAGUUUGCACAUGUAUCUCAGUAGUUACCUCAUCAGUCUUACUGUUACUGUUCUUGUUAAAUAUCAUUCCUCAUUUUCGCCGUCACUGUUUCUGUGUCACUUCUUUCUGAUCCCUCGUCUUCAUUUUUCUAAUUUGUUCGUCCGUUCUCCUCCGACAAGGUUGUGGAGGAACGAAAAAACUGAACUUCUCGGCCACGAGUGCAAGUUCACCGUCAAGCCUUAUUUGAAGAGAUUCCAGGUGUACUACAAGGGGAGGAUGUGGUGCCCAGGCUGGACGGCCAUCAGAGGAGAAGCCAGCACACGCAGUCAGUCCGGGGUAGCUGGAAAGACAGCCAAAGACUUCGUUCGGAAAGCUUUCCAGAAAGGUCUCAUCUCUCAACAGGAGGCCAACCAGUGGCUCAGCUCAUAGGCCUUUUGCUCUAUGAAGAAUUGUCAGUGUUCAGCUGCAGUUGGCAAUGGAAGCUCUACCAUUUUGAUUUCUUGUGUUUUUCCUUUCAAUACUGAACCGAAGAGUUGAGAUAUUCAUUAUGUUAAAUUUCUGGUUAUACGUAGAUACAACUACACAAGAGAAUAUAACAGAAACUUGUAAUAAAUUGUCCUGGAAGGAUCCUUAGGCUCUUUUGCUGUUAAGGUACAAUAAAUGUAAUUUUUAGUAAACUUGAUAAUUUUU